UUUAGUGGAUAGAACGUCACCCUGCAGACUAAAGUGUCCUGGGUUUCAAUUCCGGUCAAGGGCACAUACCUCAAUUGCAGGCUCAAUCCCUGGGGCACAUUUGGGAGGCAACCAAUGUGUCUCACAUUAAUAUUUCUCUGUCUCGUCCCCUCCCUUCCAACUCUGAAAAUCAAUGAGAAAAAUAUCCUCGGGUGAGUGAGGAUUAACCAAGAAAUAAAAUCCUUUAGAAACAAACAUGAAUUUAAGCACAAACAUGUUUGGAUUCACACAUUGGCCAUGCAAACUUGGGCAAUUUGCCUGUAACUCUGUGCCACAGUUUUGGCAUUUAUGAAAUGGGCAUAAUACUACCUAUUUCAUAGGAGUUGUUAUGAGUAGCAUAUGAUAUAAAUGAUUUCAGCUAGACAUAAUCUCCACCCUUUUCAAGGCAUGCUUUACUCUUCCUCUACUGCAGUUGUGUGUUCAUGUCUUAAAUCUCUCUUUAAAGAUCCUUGGUAAGGGGCCUUUGUAUCCCUUACUACUCAGUGCCUUGAACAGAAUAAAUACUUAUUAAAAACUUUAGUGACAUGUGACUUAAUUUGGGGCCGCGCAGUAUACACCAGUAAUUACAGUGCUGCUCAGUAGAGGAUAGUGGGAAGGUGGUAGGUAAGUAUAAAACUGAGUUAAGUAUUCAUUCUAAUAGAUGCAUUACAUGCCUACUGUGGUCCUGGGACUGAGAAAUCAGCAGUGAAGAAGGCCUGGACUAAAGUUUAAAGAGCUUCUAGCCUAGUAAGGGGCAGGAUUUUGAGCUGUGUGCUGAGGUGGUGAAUCGGGAGAUUCCAAGAUAAGAUGGUUGCAAUUGAUCAGAAAAUAGAGCAAAAGAGAAUGGCCAUGUUCCUGUGCCUUGGCAGAUCUUAAAUUUCCUUCCUGAGAACCUGUUUUUGGGAGGAGACGUCAAUAAGACUUGGCACUCCUCUUCUCACAUCCACAGAAAAUGACCUUGCCUUCCUACUCAAAACUAUUCCUUCCCUUUCCAUGUUUGCAUCUUCCAAUGCUCAGUGCACGCUUCCAUUCAGUCUGUCAGCAAUACCUAUUCCAAGUUGGGCUCUCGGCUAGACUCCAGGCUGCAGUAAAGAACCUUGCUCUCCAGGGAUUCAUGGACACGAUGAAAUGAACAGGCCAUGAUAAACUGUGUGUCAGUUCCAGGGUGCCAGCCUGAAAAGUUGGAGGAGGCUUCCCAUUGGCAGUGACCCCACUAGAAUCAGUUCUUGAUGAUUGGACAAGAGCUCUCACCAGAAAGAGUGAAGGGGCCUGCUUUCAACUGGACAGCUGGUGCAUAAUCACAAAGCCUCUGAGCCAGAACACCCUGAUCUGACUCCACUUCAUCCCCGUCUCCCUUAGCCCUUCGACCAACAUCCAUUUGCCAUCCCCUCCCCAGCCCUGGCUGCACUGUUUGACCACAUUAAGACUUGGCCUGAGGUGGAGGAAGGGUGAGGGAGCUCCUGCACCAAUAUGACUGACUGAAGCUGCCCAAGGCCCUAAAAGGAAGUGGAUAGGUGCCUUAUCGAAGAGGAUACAGCAGCCCAGGUCUUAUCAGGAGCCAGCAGCUUCCUUACUCCUACCCCCACCACUAACCAAGUCAUUAUGUGCCACAGUAGUGCAGGCAGCUGUGUGGGAGGAAGAGGGGCCAUAGAACUGAGCUGGAGUGGAGGUGUACAGACCAGCUAGUUCAUGGUUUUACCCUCUCAAGCAGAAAGCCCUGAUGGGAUAGUAAAAUGGUGUGAAGAUUUGCAUGGUGGCCAUAGAAAUGGCAUGAAGAUUCCUGAGACAUAGUUGAGAGGCAGAACCAACCAACAAGACUUGGUGAUAAACUACUCUCAGGAAAAGGGAGGAGUAGUGGCUUUCAGCCCUCAGCAUCCACCCCCAAAGUGGCCUCACCCCCUUCCCUUCCUGGCAAUCCUAGAAACCAAAUGGGUCCAGGGCCAACUGCCCUGUUCAGUACAUUUGAUAAGAAAAGACUUCCUGUGGUGGAAACUGAAAGGAAGAGGAAGGAGUUAGUCCAUUCCUCCCAAGGAGGUUGAGGGAGAAGGAAGAUGGCAAGAGCUUUGUGUCCACUUCAUGCCCUCUGGCUUCUGGAGUGGGUGCAGGUGCUCUGGGGACCCGGUGCUGCCCCUGCAGCCUGGGCCUUGAACCUGGACCCAGAGCGGCUCACCUUCUACACAGGCCCCAAUGGCAGCCACUUUGGGUUUUCUCUGGACUUCUACAAGGACAACCAUGGGAGCGUGGCCAUCGCGGUGGGCGCCCCGCGGGUCCAGGGCCGCAGUCAAGAGGAGACCGGCGGCGUGUUCCUGUGCCCCUGGCGGGCCGAGGGCGCCCCGUGCUCUCCUCUGCUCUUCGAUCUCAAUGAUGAGACCCGGAAAGUGGACUCCCAGACUUUCCAAACCUUCAAGGCCGGGCAAGGACUGGGGGCGUCGGUCGUCAGCUGGAAGGACUACAUUGUGGCCUGCGCGCCCUGGCUGCACUGGAACGUGGUGGAGAAGACGGAGGAGGCCGAGAAGACGCCCGUGGGAGGCUGCUUCCUGGCGCAGCUGCAGAGCGCCGGCCGCGCCGAGUUCUCGCCGUGCCGGGACAACACCAUGAGCCGGGACCACCAUAAAAAAAAUUACUGGGAAGACAAGCGCUACUGUGAAGCGGGCUUCAGCGCAGCCGUCACCCAGGCAAGGAGCGAGCCCGUCGGGGGGCAGAGAGUGGCUCGGGCCCCCGGCGGACUUUUCUUGGUAUGCCUCCUGGCGCGGGCUCCCAUCGCGGACAUCUUCCAGAGUUACCGCCCCGGCACCCUCCUGUGGCACGUGGGCACCCAGAACCUCACCGUAGACUCCAGCGACCCCGCGUUCUUCGAUGGCUACCGGGGGUACUCGGUGGCCGUGGGCGAGUUCGACGGGAACCUCAACACCACAGAGUAUGUCUUCGGCGCCCCCGCCUGGAGCUGGACCCUGGGAGCCGUGGAGGUCCUGCGCUGGAACCACCGGACGCUGCACCGGACGCCGCACCAGACGCUGCACCGAGUGCACGGCGAGCAGGUGGCUUCGUAUUUCGGGCACUCGGUGGCCGUCACUGACGUCAACGGGGAUGGGAGGCACGACCUGCUGGUGGGUGCACCCCUGUACAUGGACAGCCGUGCGGACCGCAAGCUGGCCGAGGUGGGGCGCGUGUACCUGUUCCUGCAGCCUCGGGGCUCCCACCCGCUGGGCGCCCCCAGCCUCCUCCUGACUGGCACCCAGCUCUAUGGGCGAUUUGGCUCAGCCAUCGCGCCUCUGGGAGACCUCAACCGGGAUGGCUACAACGAUGUUGCCGUGGCCGCCCCCUACGGGGGUCCCAGUGGUCGGGGCCAAGUGCAGGUGUUCCUGGGUCAGAGCGAGGGGCUCAGCCCGCGCCCCUCCCAGGUCCUGGACAGCCCCUUCUCCUCGGGCUCCGGCUUCGGCUUCUCCCUGCGAGGCGCCGCAGACAUCGAUGACAAUGGAUACCCAGACCUGUUGGUGGGCGCAUAUGGGGCUGACCGGGUGGCUGUGUACAGAGCUCAGCCGGUGGUGAAGGCCACUGUGCAGCUGCUGGUGCAAGGUUCGCUGAAUCCUGCCGUGAAGGACUGUGUCCUGCCCAAGACCAAGACACCCGUGAGCUGCUUUAACAUCCAGGUGUGUGUCGGAGCCACCGGACACAACGUUCCUCAGAAGCUGCGCCUGAACGCCGAGCUGCAGCUGGACCGGCAGAAGCCCCGCCAGGGCCGGAGGGUGCUGCUGCUGAACUCCCAGCAGGCGGGCACCACCCUGCACCUGGACCUGGGAGGCAGGCUCAGCCCCAUCUGCCACACCACCACGGCCUUCCUCCGGGACGAGGCCGACUUCCGGGACAAGCUGAGCCCCAUUGUGCUCAGCGUCAACGUAUCCCUGCAGCCGGAGGCGGAUGGACUCGCGCCGGCUCUUGUGCUGCAUGGAGACACCCACGUCCAGGAGCAGACCCGCAUCAUCCUGGACUGCGGGGAGGACGACCUGUGUGUGCCCCAGCUUCAGCUCGCCGCCAGCCUGAAGAACACCCCGCUCCUAAUCGGAGCCGAUAAUGUGCUGGAGCUAAAGAUCGACGCAGCCAACGAGGGGGAAGGGGCCUACGAGGCCGAGCUGGCUGUGCACCUGCCCGACGGCGCCCACUACAUGCGGGCCGUCAGCGACGUCCAGGGCUUUGAGAGGCUGGUCUGCAACCAGAAGAAGGAGAACGAGACCAAGGUGGUGCUGUGCGAGCUGGGCAACCCCAUGAAGAGGAACGCCCGGAUAGGAAUCACCAUGCUGGUGAGCGUGGAGAACCUGGAAGAGGCUGGGGAGCACGUGUCCUUCUGGCUGCAGAUCAGGAGCAAGAACAGCCAGAAUCCGAACAGCGAGGUCCUGCCGCUGGAUGUGCCUGUCCGUGCGGACGCCCAUGUGGAGCUUCGAGGGAGCUCCUUCCCAGCCUUCCUGGUGGUGGCGGCAGAAGAAGGCAACAGGGAGAACGUCUCAGACACCCGGGGCCCCAAAGUGGAGCACACCUAUGAGCUCCACAACAACGGCCCGAGCUCUGUCAGCGGCCUCCACCUCAGCAUCCACCUCCCUGGCCAGUCCCGGGCCUCCGACCUGCUCUACAUCCUGGACAUACAGCCUCAGGGGGGGCUUCAGUGCACCCCACAGCCCUCUCCCAACCCCCUCAAGCUGGACUUGGGGGUGCCCACCCCAGCUCCUUCCCCCGUUUCCCGGGGCCACCACAAGCGGGAGCGCAGGCAGGCCUUCCUGUCAGGAUCCAAGCAGCCAUCCAGGCUUCAGGAUCCAGUUCUUGUGAGCUGUGACUCGGCGCCCUGCACCGUGGUGCAGUGUGAGCUGCAGGAGAUGGAGCGCGGGCAGCGAGCCAUGGUCACGGUGCACGCCGUCCUGUGGCUGCCCAGCCUCCGCCAGAGGCCGCUGGAUCAGUUUGUGCUGCAGUCGCAGGCCUGGUUCAAUGUCUCCUCCCUGCCCUACACCGUGCCCGCCCUCCGCCUGCCCCGCGGGGAAGCCCUGGUCAAGACGCAGCUGCUUCGGGCCUUGGAGGAGCGGGACAUUCCGCUCUGGUGGGUGCUGGUCGGCGUGCUGAGCGGCCUGCUGCUGCUCACACUCCUGGUCCUGGCCAUGUGGAAGGCUGGCUUCUUCAAGCGGAAUCGGCCCCCGCUGGAGGAAGACGAUGAAGAGGAGGAGUGACGGUGCACCAGGCGUUGUCCUGCAGGAAGGCGGCCGUGAUGCCUGCUCUGCCCCUUCUCAGAGGCCCCCAGCUCUGCUCGCCCGCAGGCUGGAGCUGCUCCAUGGAGGCUCCCAGCAGAGCUGGGCCACCUCCUUUCUUGCUGCCAAAUAAA